AAUAACACAACAGAUGAAAUUCAAAAAAUGUCACCUUUUUUAAUACAAAAACUUAUCAAGUCAUGUGCCGGAGAACCUAAAAAUAUCAAAAGACUUCGCUCAGGUGAUCUUCUAGUCGAAACUUUAUCUUCCAGCCAAUCUGCAACCCUUCUCAGUUUAAACAAAUUAGGAAAUGUAAGUGUAACAGUAUCACCUCACAAAUCUUUAAAUUAUAGCCGUGGAGUAAUAUCAGAAUUCGAUCUUCUCUGCGUUUCAGAAGAAGAAUUCGUGAGUGAACUCUCCCAUCAAAAUGUCUGUGCUGCAAGGCGAAUCAAGGUGCGCAGAGAGGGUAAGUUGAUAGAUACUAAAAACGUUAUCCUAACCUUCAACACACCUGAGUUGCCAAAAAGUGUAAGGGCCGGGUAUCUUCAUUGCCCAGUAAGACCCUACAUCCCAAACCCCAUGCGAUGUUUCCAGUGUCAGCGCUUUGGCCACUCAAAAAUGUCUUGUCGAGGCAAACCCACGUGUGCUCGCUGCUCCGUGGAGGGCCAUGACAGUGAUAGUUGUAAAGCUGUGCCACUGUGUGUCAAUUGUAAGGGGGAGCACACAGCAUUCUCUCGCUCAUGUCCUAAAUGGAAAGCUGAGAAGGAAGUACAGUACUUGAAAGUGACUAAAAACUUAACAUAUGCAGAAGCUAGAAAAAUAAUAGCUAGUACACAUCCACGUUUAAAUGUUUCAUAUGCUGAGGCUGCAAAGAAAUUCAAAACAGUAGGAAUCCAAACUAAUCUAUGUCAAAAGAUAAAUAACCAACGGGAAAAUACCUCUAAAAUAACAGUAAUAGAGUAUAAUGCAGGAAAUAAACUAACAAAAACUAGCGCCUCUCAAAACAUAGUAACAGAAACAAUAAACACCAAGGAUAAGCCUUUAGAAAACAAUUCCGCAUCAUCAAGUAAACAAAAUCUCCUGAAACAAUCCGAAACUCCUAUUCUUAAGCAUAGGAGUCGAACUGACAGUUCACUCGAAAGUUUGAGCUCUAACUUUGAUGAUAUGGAAGUUGAAGCCGGACUUGAAUUUCCGAGAAAUCUGCUUCCUCGUCUGACAAAGAAGCAGCAUCGGGGAAAUAAAAUCUCAUAAUGGCUACCCUUAUCUCCUGGAAC